AUGAUACGCUGCUCCGAGUCCAGGAACGACGAGGGCUCGUCGAGCAGGUACACACUGGCGCUCUUGCCGAGCGCGAGCACGAUGGCGACGCGCUGGAGCUCACCUCCGGAGAGCGUCUUGACCUCCUGGUCGAUGAUGUUCUCGAGACUCAUUGGCUUGACGACGUCGGUCUGGAACUGCGGAUGCAUGAACGCUGCCUUGAUCUGCUUCAGGAGCAGCAUCCGGACCGUGCCCGGGAACUUGGGCGAGAUGGCCUGCGGCUUGAGCGAGACCGAGAGCUCCUGGCGAUCCGUCUCGACGUCGGGCGUGUCACCUGCGAGGAGACGCACGAACGUCGUCUUUCCCAUGCCGUUCUCGCCGAGCAUGACGAUGAUCUCCGAGUCGGUGAAGCUACCGGGCUCGACAGUCAGCUUGAAGCCACCAAUCUUGUCGAUAAUGAUCUCCUCCGCGGUCUCGACCAUCUUGAACGAAAGGGAUUCUUCACGGAAUCGCAAGUUCUCGGUAGGGAUGAAACCAUCCAAGAAGAUGUUGAUACCUUCGCGGACAGAGUAA